AUGGUUUGUACGAUUUUGAGGGAAGAGCUGGUGGCAGCACUCAGUGGCAACAGCAGCCAUAAGAACACUGAAAGAAGCCAGGAGAGGCAGACUAGGAAAUUUGACCAGGAGCUUUGGGGACAGAGCAAGAACUUUGACAACUUCGUGGCUUUCGACAAGGCCAAAUGCACAGUGCCUGGAUGCUCCAUGCUCCACUGGCUGCCGCUCGGUUACGUCAUCGGCUGCACGAAGAAUGAUGUCGGCAGAGUGGCGUUGCCGGGUGAAGCUGCCUGGUUCUCGCUUCCUGGGACCUGCCCCAGCAAGUUCUACUUCCAGAAGUCGGACGAGUGCGUGAAGAGGGAGCCGGGCGGCCAGUGCAAGGGUAGCCAGGUAACCGGUGAGCGCGACUGCACCUAUCAGAUCGAGGAGGCCGGAGAGAUUCCGCUGGAUGAGCUCUCAGGUAUCAAGAACUACAACGACGUCUGUGAGAGCACUGGCGUGCGGGAGUACGAUGAGACGACAGACAAGGGCACGGGAACCAGCUUCUGGAACGGAAAAGCCGACCCGAAGAAGGGUGCGGAGCGAGUGAAGUUCAUCUCGGACCUUUUUGCAAAGCGCUUUCCGCACUUUCCGGCGCACUUGGAUGAUCCUCCUUGCGAUGCAUGA